UGCAGCAGCUUGUUUGCUGUAAGGUUCCGACUUGUCCUGUUUGUUCCCCGUGAUGGACUGCACCUUUCCCUUCAGCUCUGCCACACAACGCUUGCUGCAGCUGGAUGAGGAGCAGCUGGAUCAGGGGAAGUACUCUCGGCAUAUAAGACCCCGGUACCACCACAGUGAGCGCAGCCUGAGCCCAGUUGGCCAGGGAUGCCAGAACAGCCGCUUGGAGCCACUGGAGUGCCGGGAUCUGCUGGUCCAGAAUGCGCUCUUCACUGGGGACCUGGAGAUGGUGCAGAAGUACUUCACCAAGAGCGCAGCCAUCAAUCUCAUCAUUGAGACCAAGGGUGAUGAGCUGCGCUGGACUAGCAGGAAAUUUGGACUGUGGUCUCUGAGCUAUGAGCAGGAGCUCACCACGCCGCUGCACAUCACGGCCAGCCGGGGCUACGCAGACUGCCUGCGGCUCCUGCUGCUCAGGGGCGCUGCUGUCAACUUCGCCCCGGGGGGUAAGACUGCCCUGCAUGAGGCUUGUGCGGCAGCCAGUACCGACUGCGUGCGCCUGCUGCUCAGCUUUGGGGCUGACCCUGAAGCUGUCUCUGAGGAUGGCUACAAGCCCCUGCAUCUCUGCAAGAGCCCGGACUCCAUCCAGUGUGUCCACGCGCUGCUGCAGCAUGGCGCCAGCGUGAACAGUCGGACAGAGGAGGAAGGCGACACAGCACUGCAUGUAGCAGCACGACAUGGCCUAACAGACCACGUCCGGCUGCUUCUGCGCGAUGGGGCGCAGCUGGAGGCAAGGAAUGAGGAGGGGCAGACACCACUGAACGCUGCCUGUGCUCAGCCCCAUCAACCCCAGGACAUGGACCGCUACUACCGGGUCUGCCAGCUGCUGGUGGAGCGUGGAGCUAGCGUCAAUGCUGCAGACGGGGACCGCCAGCACCCGCUUCACCUGGCCUGCAAGAACGCCAAUGCUCAAGUAGCAGAGUUACUGCUGGCCCGGGGUGCAAACGUCAACGUCAUGAACUACAGCGGCAACACGGCACUGCACAAUAUCCUGCAAGCGACUGCCUACAAGCUAGACCACCACCCAGAGCGUGUGGUGCAAGCCCUGCUCAACUACGGUGCCAUCCGCAUCUGGCCUGGCUCCCUCCUCAAGGUGCUGCGGUACUGCCAUACCUGCCCGCGUGUCAUCGAGGCGCUGAUGAACAGCUAUGAUCACGUGCGCAUCUCUGAGGACUGGGUGGAAGCGGUUCCAGCAGAGGUUGUACAGAAAUACCCGCGUUUCUACCAGUCGCUUUUCUCCCUGGAGCAAAGACCUCGCUCCUUACAGCACCUGGCUCGCUGCACACUCAGGACCUUCCUGGAAGGCCGGUUACUUCUGGUCCUGUCUCAGCUGCACCUGCCAAGUGCCUUGCACCGUUUCCUGCUGCUCAGCUUCGAGGACGUCCUCUACUAAGGGCUGCGGUUCCAGUCCUACUGUGCCUUUCUGUGCAGAUGUUCCACCCUUGCCGGUGCAGUCUGUGCCUUCCCAGCUAAACCCUUCCCCUUGCACACCUCCUGCCAGGCCACGUCAGCCCCCCGUGCCAAGCCUGUCGCUGUGUCCCUGUCCCAGCCAGCCUUGUGCUCUGCCUCAUGCACCUAUUUUGGAGCAUUCUGUUUACCCAUACUAAUCAGCACAGUCUCCAGACUCACUAAAAAAAACAAGAGAUGGGGAUUAGGGCAUUUUGUGGGACAGGGAGCAAAUACACGGCAUUGAUCACAGUUUUUGUUGUAGGACACCAGUCUCCCUAUCCCAAAUCUACAAAC